UAUAGUACUCUCUGAGUUGAAAGACAGAGGGAGGUGUUGGAAGACUUUUGAUUCAGUAGUAGAUGAUCACUGCUCAUUGAAAUACAUUGGGUAGAGUGUUGUGUUUGGACCUGGUGUUUAUGUGAGUUAACGGAACUAAGUUACUGGGUCAGGUUUGUUCAUUGAAGAGAUUAAAAAAUGCUUUAUUGAAUGGUACUCAAGGUCAGAGUGUUAAAAUCAGCAAAAAGGUCUUACUUUGGAGACUGAUUGAGACAGUCAGCUGGCUCCAAUUAGGGGAUAAAAGUAGUGGUGAGAUUAGGAGCUCAGCAGCAGCAUUAAAGGGCACAGCAGAAUUUAUGCUAAAGAAACAUAUACACUAUCAACUCAUUUCCUCUUCCGAGAAGCACCUAUCUGCACCAUCACUGUACAGCAUUUGAAAGAUUUUAGUACUGCUCAACCCAGUUUUCUCAUCUUUUCUCACAGCACCAGCCACUUCAGAGACUGUCGUGACAGCAUUCUUGGGUCAGUCAGUGACGUUGCCCUGUAAGUACUCAUCCUGGUCUCCGGGCAGGAACAGUAUGUGCUGGGGCAAAGGCCAGUGUCCCAGUUCCAAGUGUAAUGAGGAACUUCUCCACACUGAUGGAACAAAGGUGCUCUGGAGACAGUCAGUGAAGUACAGACUUCCAGGUAAUAUCCAGAGUGGUGACGUUUCCUUGACCAUCUCAAACACCAACGAAGGUGACAGCAGCUUGUACUGCUGCCGCAUAGAGGUGCCUGGCUGGUUCAAUGAUGUGAAGAGUAACAUUCGCCUUCUGCUGAAGAGAGCUCCAUCAACCACACGUCCAACAACAACCACAAGUCCAACAACAACCACACGUCCAACAACAACCACACGUCCAACAACAACCACACCUCCAGCAACCACAAGUCCAACAACAACCACACAUCCAACAACAACCACACGUCCAACAACAAUCCCAAGCCUAACCACCACCACUGAGAUGAUGACAACGGCAGCGGUGUUUCCAACAAGAGUCAUAACUACACCUGACCUCACAACUGGAACAACGCUUCAGACGAGAACCACCCAUGUUCUCACAACAACCACAAACCAGUGUCCUCGGACAACACUGAACCACCUUCCAGAGGCAGCCGAAGAUCUCCUGACCACUAAGACUCCCACAGAAGGUCCCGUCCUCACCACAGUGUCUAAGAUGGCAAUUCUUGUGCAUAAUGAAGUUGAAUCAGAACAGAUGAAAAUGUCCUACAACUCUGACCUGCUGAUGAUCAUUGCACCUUGUGUGGGAUUUGUGGUGUUCCUGUUGCUCUUGGGCUUUCUCCUGCGAGGGAAAGUCACGAAAACCAACUGUUUGCAGAAAAACACAAGGCAGGAGAAUGUUGGAGGAAAUAAAAAUGUCCUCAACGACGUACUACUUGGAACAGAAGACGAAGAUGGCGUGUUCACACUCUAA